GUGUGUGUCCCCGGCUGCGCAGAGAGAAUGAAGAUACUGAACUAAACACGUGGGGCCCCUUUCGAACCUGGCGAUGAGAGGCCAGCCCGCACCGGCGCGGCACCCUGGGAACGACACCGCCUGGGGGGACUACGCCGACGUCCUCUUUGUGGUGGCAAACGGCUCGAUCCUGUCCGUCACCGCCGCCGUGGGCAUCGCGGCCAACCUUUUCGUCAUACUGGCCGUUUACCGCCAAAAAACCCUUCGGACUGCGAUGAACGCACUGGUGGUGAACCUGGCGCUCGUAGACGCUCUGAGGUGUGUGGUGGACUGCCCCGUUCUCUUCACCAUCGCUCUGAGCGCGCAUCGAAGAGGGCACGCCGACGAGCUGAUGUGUGAUGUGCAAGUGGCCGUGUUCUCCUUCAGCUGCUGCAUCCAGCUGUUGACGCUCACCUGUAUAAGCGCGGAGAGGCACCAGGCCAUCGCCCGGCCCUUUAAGACCAGCGAAAGGCGGAGACGGAUCAUGGCGCAGAUUCCUCUCACGUGGAUCUUGGCUACUCUGGUGGCGUUUUUUUGUCUGAUAUUCAUGAAGGACUCACCUGUGUAUGUCAAAUGCAAAGGCUUAUUUGGACAACCAUCCUCUUCCUAUGACACCUUUGGGCUUUACAUGUUGUUCCCACUCUGGGCAGCCUGCUUUGCCGUCAUCAUUUUAUUCUACGCUAGCAUCUUUGCCAUUGUGAGAUCACACAAUCGCAAGAUAUUUGACAAAGGCAUUUCUUUAGUUUCAAAGACAGAAGAUGAGCCGAAGAACAAAGAAACCACAGCGGUGGAAAAUGGACCCGGAAAACCAGGGCAAAACUUUACCCUGAGCAGAAAUGAUGCGUCAGAGAUAACUGACUUGAAAACAGAACAAUCUCAACCUCCUGCUUUGAAGGCUGCGCUGGAAACUGCUUUUAAAACAGAGCAGUUUGACUCCUUCGGCAUGAAGGUUGAAGCAAAGCCACUGAAUGGAGGUGCUGCUGCUGCUGCCGCCGCUGCUGAGAGAUCGACCACGACGCUGCAGGUGGUGUCAAGCAAUUUGGACACAGAAAGUCAGCCCGAAGAGAGCGCGAAAGUGGUCAGAGCGGCGUCCGAAAUGAAAGGAGUCAGCCCCUAUGCUCCCUCGUCUGCACAGUUAGAAAAAGACCAGUUCACUCCUGUUUUACUGAUUAAACUAAAAGAAGCCGAGAACAGCCGCGGAGGAGCAGCGCAGGCCGUUGCCACAGUAGAUCAAGCGUCUUCGUUACCGCCGGUCUUAAAUGAUAACUCUGACACAGGAGGUGCAAAACAAAGUGUGCAGGUGGAAGGCGCUGUUUGCAUGAUGCCUUCCAAAGCGAGUAAAGAACGAGUGCACAAGAGGAAGGAGAGUCAAAUGGCGAAGCGAGCGGGCUACAUCAUCUUAUCCUUCACCUUAUUCUGGUUGCCGUUGAUAACAACCAUCCUGAUGAAUUAUGUUGAUCGCGGCAACAAGAACACAGUAACUAUAUUUCAGAUCAAUCUGGACUUCCUGUCAGUCUCUGUUGCCUGUAUCACAUCUCUGAGUGACCCUAUAAUCUAUGCUGCAGUGAAUCCUCAGUUCCAGACAGAGUUUUAUAGGAUUAAAAACAAGUUUGUGUCCAUAUUCAAGAAGACAUGAUCAUGUUUUUACGUCUAUCUACUUUUGAAUGGCACUUUACCAAAUCCCCAAAUUCAAAAUAAGUCUAAAUCGCUUGUUUAUUGAUUUUUUCUCAAAUAUAAAAAGAAUUAAACUAAUUUAAAGUGUGUGUGUGUUUGCUUUUUUAAAUGUUGGUGUAUUAUUAUCUUAGAUUUCAUGCAGUAAAGACGUUGCAGCAGCUACUUAACGCUGCAGAGCAGAGGCUGAAGCCCGACUGAAGCAAUCAGAGGGACGCUGUCCCCGGAGCGCUCCGUCAAACAAUCACCGAGGUCGGACCCGCCCCUGUCCACAGGGACUCUGCAGGCAGGACCGACCACUGGGACAGUCAGGCCCUCACAUGUCCUCCGGCAUCACCUAUAAUUA